AUUAACAAAACAAAAUCAAAAAAGAAAGGUCUUAAGCUUGAUACCAUGGCACUUCCACCAAUUACAGUCUUUGCUUCAGAAGUGGCACAUCAGAGCGACUGGGAUGGUAUUGUUGCCUGCCAUCAAGGGUAUAUAACCUGCACGACCUGGAACUAUCAGAAAACUUCCAUGGGAGCUCAUAAACUAAGACCAGAAGAAUUUAGCAAACACAAACCUAUUGAUAUAUAUGCAACAGCAGUUGACAUUAGCUCAUGUGGGAACUUUGCAGUAAUUGGUUUGUCAACUGGACGGGUAGAUGUGUAUAACAUGCAGUCUGGCAUUCACAGAGGGUGUUAUGGCAAAGAAAGAGCGCAUGACGGGGCCAUUAGGGGGGUUGCAGUGGAUGGGUUAAACCAGCUGAUAAUCACAGCUGGUAGUGAAGGAUUAAUUAAAUUUUGGAAAUUCAAAACUAAAGAUCUAGUUUUCUCCACUGAGCUUUCUUCUCCACCAAGUGGAAUUCUGCUUCACAGAGACAGUGGUAUACUGGGAAUUGCCUUUGAUGACUUCAGUAUUAGUGUUUUGGAUAUAGAAACCAGGAAGAUUGUCAGGACAUUCUCAGGACACCAUGGAUGGAUUAAUGACAUGGCUUUCAGUCCUGAUGGUCGUUGGCUAAUAACUUCAUCAAUGGACUGUACCAUUAAGACUUGGGACCUUCCCUCUGGAUGCCUCAUAGAUUGUUUUUUGGUGGACUCUGCAGCUGUCAGCCUUACUAUGUCUCCUACGGGAGAUUUUCUAGCUUCAGCACAUGUGGAUGAUCUUGGAAUUUAUUUAUGGUCAAACCGUUCUCUCUAUUCACUUGUCUCUUUACGGCCCCUUCCAUCAGAUUAUGAACCUUCUGUGGUGACACGGCUUAGCACCUGCCCUGUGCAAGAUGUAGAUAUGGCAGGAGAUGAAGAAACAUGUGAUGAAAUGAUAGAAUAUGUCUCACCUGAGCAACUGGGAGAGCAGCUUGUGACCCUUUCCGCAUUACCAGAAUCAAGGUGGAAAAAUCUCCUCAGUCUUGAUGUUAUCAAGAAAAAAAAUAAACCAAGAGAGCCACCAAAAGUUCCCAAGUCAGCCCCUUUCUUCAUCCCAACAGUUCCUGGUCUCAUACCCCGAUACAUUGCUCCAGAAGAAGAAAAUGAUACACAGUCAAAGGUAGUAAAUCUUGGAAUACUGGCACAGAAGUCUGAUUUCUACAUUCAUCUUGAAGAAGCCUUGAGCACUAAUGAAUAUACAGCUCCACUUAAUUUACUGAAAAGCUUGGGCCCAUCUAAUAUUGAGAUAGAACUAAGGGGUUUGGCCCCUGAAGGUGGUGGCUCAAUGGAGGUGAUGCUAAGCUUUUUGAGAAUGAUUGGGAUGAUGCUGAACAAGAAGUACAACUUCGAACUUGCUCAGGCAUACCUUGCACUAUUUUUAAAGUUACAUCUUAAGAUUCUCUCAUCAGAACCAAAUCUAUUGGAAGAAGUAUCCAGGCUGUCAACACAACUCGAGGAAACUUGGAUUCAUUUGCAGACUCUUUUUAAUCAGAGUCUCUGUGUGUUAACGUAUAUGAAAAGUGCUUUGCUGUAAAAUACUCAAGGGUUUUGUCUGCAUAAAAUUCCACUCAGAGUAAUAGUAAAAUUCAUUACCAAAAAUACUGGAUUCUAAGAAUGAUACUGGGACUUCUGAUGCUCUAUUUUAUACAUCUGUGUAUGGCAAAGUGUUUUAAAA